UAAUACAGCACCAAUACUUACUACAGUCAUUGUAAUUAUCUUGUGCCAAUCGAAUGUAUGUUCGGGUAAACACACAAUUGUGAAACGAAAUGUAGCACAAUUAGCUCGUGAAAUGGUUCAUUAUUGUGGCUGGGUUAAAGGUUAUGAACUUAUGGAUUAUGGAUGUUAUUGUGGUCAAGGCGGCUAUGGAGAACCUAUGGACAACUUAGAUAGGUGUUGUAAAGCCCAUGAUGACUGUUAUGCUGGCUUGGAGCAACAAAAUUAUUAUUCUAAUAAGUAUGAUUACCAGUUUAAGAGAACUACUAUUGAAUGUAACGGUGCCUAUCAGCACAAAAAGUUGUGCGAGUGUGAUAAGAUUUUACUGGAAUGUGUUUUACGGAGCGAAUACCAUAGUGAUCACUAUGAUAACUGCCCAGCAGACAAAAAGUAAAAGAUUAAAUUGUUAUUUACAUUAGUAUAUGUAUUAUAUGUUCUAUAAACUUGAAGACUCUAUUUUAAUUAUGUAUUUGAUAUGCUAGUAGAAGUUGAUUAAUAUCUUUGUGUUAUAUUUUAGUGCUGUUUUGGUUUGGUUUGACAAGACAUAUAAAUAUGUUGCAGAAAGGAAUAUUUAUACUUUGUAAAAAACUUGUACCAUACCUUUAUCUGAAAGCUCACUACAUGUAUAUUAUUAGAAGGUAAUAACUGAUCUUCUACAGCUAUAUGAAUACCACGUGUUUUCACUAUACAGUAUAGUCUAUACUGGGGGUGUUUAUAUGGGUUCCAACUGUUUUCCUCUUCUAAACAUAUUCAAAUAACUAUAAAGUCUGCCCUCCCCUAAAAAAAAAAACAUAAACAUUGUUUUUUUAUCUAAAAUUUUUUUUUAAUGACGAUCAAAUCGCAAUACCAUGAUAUAUGUUCCGGUUGACCUUUUUAUUAUAUUUAUUCAAGUGGCCAAAAACAUACAGAAUAAAAGCCUUUGUAUGAGGUUGAUACGAGGUUAUAUCGACAUAAGAAAAAAAAGCAUAGUGACUAAGGUUGAUAUUCUUCUCUAGGUCGAUAUACCAUUGUUUUGACCUCAACCAAAUGCUAUAAUAAUUGUUUUACUAUCAAAAGACUAAUAUUUCAUGAACAAUAUAAAUUGGGGAUUUCUAAAAGGUAUUGUUGAAACACGCUGUAUGUCCUGAUCAAUAUGCUGUUUUGACACACGAAAAGCUAAACACAACAGUGUUGGCGUGGAAACUGCGUAAAUACAAAUGUACGUGUGAUCAAGCUUUAACGAAUUAAAAAUCCUUAAAAAGAUUCGAUUUAUAGUUUAUUAGAAUAUUUGAUCUUCAUACAUGUACUUUGCUGAAACUUUUAUUUCAUUAAAAAUUGGGGCGCACUACGUUUGCGCGCAUUUGGGGAUUAAAAAGUUUUACGUUUGCGCGCAGCUUUUGAUUACAAUUGCGCGCAUUCAUUUACAGGUAAACUCAGGUAAAAAUAUAAAUAAAUAUUACAUUUAAUUAUAAAUGACUAUAUCUUUUUUUUAUUUUCAUGAUAAAUGAGACUUUGAAUUAUUAAUUUUGAAAAUAUUUGUUAAUUAAAAUAAUAUUUUGUUCGGUCAUAUAGAAUUCUAAAACUAAGAAUAAAGUGAUCAUGAAUAUCCUCGUUUUAGCUUAAGGCAUACAUGUAACUUCAUUCAGAAGAAGAAAAAAUAUUGAAAAAAGACAAGAAGAGUUUGACCAUGGCUAUCUACCGCAAAAGGAACAAGGAAUACCCAAACUCUACCAAAGUCAAGAGAUGGCGCUCACAACACAAUGGAUGUCUUAGAAUUGAAAACAAACAAAAAGGAAUCAUAUAUGUACAUAUUUCUACUAUUUGGAAUAGUGCGCGUGCAUGUGCAUAAUAAAACGGAGUUAUACUGCUCGAAAUCACACUUUCACCUCCUCGUUGGUGAACAGAGGACUUAGACUUACGAAACGGGUACAUAUAAUGGUAAUUAUUAAACAAAUUAAUAAAUAGAUAAGUAUUAUUACAUGUAUUUUACCUGAGUUUACCUGUCAAAAAAAUGCGCGCAAACGUAAUCAAAAGCUGCGCGCAAACGUAAUGAUUUUUGCGCGCAAAUGUA